AUGUCUGCGCCAGCAUCUCCGAAUGAAUCAACCCCGCUGCUGACGCACGCGGUGGACAGUAGCACUGAGUCGUCUGUCAAUGUAUCCAUAGAGAAUCAAGGUGAGCCUGUCAGCGAUACUGGCUUGAUGCAGCCAAUCGACAAGGCUCUGUUGCGAAUGGUGACAAUUACACUGUUCAUCGGGAUACUGGAGUUUGUGAUGCUCUGCGCCGAUUUCUUAAUCCGCCAAUAUUGCAGCACCCGUUUUGGCACAUCCAGCUUUUGGUUCUUGGUUUCUUGGCCUACGUAUCUCCUGGUGAACAUCUUUGUAACGGCCUUCACUGCCGCAAAUAUCUUCGUGCUCAGAAAGAAGAAGCGCCCUUUCUGGCCACUCCCGAGUGUAUUCGUCUUGGCCUAUUUUGCAGUCCUCCUCUACGUGUGUGUUCUUAAUGAAGUGAACACUUCGAGCUUCUACAACCCAAUCACAUGUCCCGACUAUCUGGAUAACCCUGAUUACGGAUAUCCGGGAACGACCGAUGAGUGCAGAGCUAUUGUAACAGCGGUUGCCAUUAUCAACUGGAUUCACUUCGGCCUUGCCUUCGUUGUGGCAAAUCUCCUUGUUGCAUUGGUUGUCGCGUUUCUGAUCAAGGUCAUCAAGAGCUGGAAUCAACAACCAGGGCAGACGCGGCUACAAAUUCCUGCAGGACAAUUUUCCAUUGAGGUCGCGGUUCGCUGGGGCCAGACCAAUCCACAGAGUAGACCCGCGGAGGCUUAA